UUUACACUCACUCAGGUGCUCUGUGAGCCUCCUGACAGACAACACUGAGGGCAGCAGCAGCAUACCAGCCCCCCCUUCUCUGGAUCUACUGCCGGGUCUGUAGCGGAUGUGUGAUGCAAUCAGCUGUAAGCGACCCACCACAACUCCUCACAAGUCACGGGUCAUUCCGUGGACCCACCGCUCGGCUCACACCGCCCCUGUGUGUGUUUAUCUCCGCUGUGUAUCCGGUUAAACCAUCGGUUCGCUCCGCUAGCUAACGUUAGCCGCUGCGUAGCUAAAGCUAGCUCCCUGUUACCUGCGGGACCUCUCCGCCUGUAGGAACACUAACCUCAGCCUGGACCUCCGUAUGUGUGUGUUGUGAAGCGCUGGGUGCCACCGGCGGAGUCACUCCACCCGAACUUGCCUGUUUUGAGAGGAUUUCGGUUUUAAAUGGCCACCGCUGCCCCCGUUCCACCUCCUCCUACGGCCUCCGGCCCUUCCACCGCGGCCACCGACAACCCGAGCCCCGGGUCCAGCGGCUCCAGCGCGGGGGCCGACAGCGGCAACCAGGACAGCACCUUCGAGUGUAACAUAUGUCUGGACACCGCCAAGGAUGCAGUGAUCAGCCUGUGUGGACACCUCUUCUGUUGGCCGUGUUUGCAUCAGUGGUUGGAGACCAGACCCAGUAAACAAGUGUGUCCGGUGUGUAAAGCUGGCAUCAGUAGAGACAAAGUAAUCCCCUUAUAUGGACGGGGAAGCACAGGUCAACAGGACCCCAGAGAAAGAACACCCCCUCGACCACAAGGGCAAAGGCCUGAACCAGAAAACCGUGGUGGAUUUCAAGGGUUUGGUUUUGGAGAUGGGGGUUUCCAGAUGUCAUUUGGAAUCGGUGCCUUUCCAUUUGGUAUUUUCGCUACAGCGUUUAACAUCAAUGACGGGAGACCUCCUCCAGCGGCACCCGGGACGCCACAGCACAUGGACGAACAGUUUCUGUCUCGACUCUUCCUGUUUGUGGCUCUGGUGAUUAUGUUUUGGCUGCUGAUUGCAUGAAUGUGCAAGAAAACAACGUGCGGGGUUCAGCCAAGAGAUCUGACAGGGUUGAGACAGGAAGGCACAUCAUCGUGGUUAUCUGCCUCCAUGCAUGUUUUUCUUCCUUGAUGAUUCUUUUUUUCUCUCAACAAGCCAUGUGAGAUUAGAACAAAACAGUUUUUUUUGAAAAUAAAUGUAUGAGUGCUAAUCUAAGAAUAACAACUUGAUGGUGAACCAUGUAACAUUGGUUGCCUUUGACAUCAGGGGUUUUCACACCGGACAUUUGGAACGUGUCUUAGUAGGAAAAGUACAUGACUGGUAAUGUUUACCAUGUUGUUGCUAUGUCACAAUUCAGGUGUUGCAAACUUUAGAGGCUCCAUUAGAAAACCAAUUGCAUCACAACAGCACAACUAGGCCAUUUAUUUCGAAGGCUCCUUCUAAUGCGUCUUUCCAAUCCUGAGCAACGAAGAAUCCAAUCAGUGGAUCCUUCUCGGGCCUAAAUAUCCCAGGAUUUAUUGAGAUGAAGCAAACAAGUUAACUAUGUGGGCGGAAGCUGGUGACACAAUUAGGAAAUCCUGCAUAGAUCAUACCUCUGCCUCUGAGGACCACUGGGGUCUCCGGAGGCCAUGCUGAAGGACACAGCCUCUUUAAACCCUGACAGCGUGAUGGUUAAUAUAAUGUGCUUUUCCUACUCGAACAUGUCAAAAUGUUUCCAACAAACAGACGCCUUUUAAUUAAACACUGAAUACGAGCCUGUACAUCCUCAGCGUCAUCACUCUGUUCACUAAUGUACUAAGAGUGUUCUUUAUUUACUCUAAUACUACCUGAUCUUACAAAUUACACAUCUUUUCGUUAAAAUUUACAGAAAUCGGUCACAUGCUUGUGAAUCAAAAACGAUGUCGGUCAUCGUCUUUUCAUUUUAAAACUACAAUGAUGCAGUUGAAAGAUUAAACUAUGAAACAGUAUUUAUCUCCAAAUUGUAACAUAUUUUAUUUUGCUCAGUUUAUUGUAUGUCUUUGUAAGUAAAUGUUAAAUACUGUACUACAGAGUAGAGAGAACUUGGAGGCUGGUCUGAUCACAUGAAAUCUUUACUCUUAAUCUGAAUUCACACUAUGACAGUAAAAGCUAAUGUGAAUAAAGAUGUUAAUCAGGCUCUUUUUUUCCUAUGAAGGUUUCAUUCUCACAUAAGCCUUACCUGCUCAGUUAAUAUGCAAAUGAAGACACACCAGACAGACGUGGUGUGGAAAAUGGAAAUACUCUGUUGAGAAGUAGAAUGUUUUUCUUCAGUCUUAAUUAUUUUACAUGAAAAAAGAUGUUUCUUUAACUAAACCACUUUAUGCUGUAACAAAAGAAAAAAAUCAAUAUUUUGGUCAUUCUGUGGAAGAGGUUUAUAGAAAACAGAAUAAAGUACAAAAAUAGUC